AUGCCAGCCAACCUCACGGAGGGCAGCCCCGACUCCAACGGCUCCAGCGGGACCACGCAGACCCCGGAUGCUUCCCCAGCCCUCUGCACCGAAACGGUGACUUUCACUGAAGUGGUGGAAGGGGAGGAGUGGGGCUCCUUCUACUACUCCUUUAAGACUGAACAGUUGAUAACUCUGUGGGUCCUGUUUGUUUUCACCAUUGUUGGAAACUCCAUGGUGCUGUUCUCUACGUGGAGGAGGAAGAAGAAGUCAAGAAUGACCUUUUUUGUGACUCAGCUGGCUAUCACAGACUCUUUCACAGGACUGGUUAACAUCUUGACAGAUAUCAUUUGGCGAUUCACUGGAGAUUUUAUGGCACCUGAUCUCGUUUGCCGAGUGGUCCGCUAUCUGCAGGUUGUGCUGCUCUAUGCCUCUACCUAUGUCCUGGUGUCCCUCAGCAUAGACAGAUACCAUGCCAUUGUCUACCCCAUGAAGUUCCUGCAAGGAGAAAAGCAAGCCAAGGUCCUCAUCAUGAUUGCCUGGACCCUCUCUUUCCUCUUCUCCAUUCCCACCCUGAUCAUAUUUGGAAAAAGGAAACUCUCUAAUGGUGAAGUGCAGUGCUGGGCACUGUGGCCUGACGACUCCUACUGGACCCCAUACAUGACCAUCGUGGCCUUCCUGGUGUAUUUCAUCCCUCUGACAAUCAUCAGUGUCAUCUAUGCCAUUGUGAUCAGAACCAUUUGGAUUAAGAGCAAAGCCCACGAGACUGUGAUCUCCAACUGCUCCGAUGGAAAGCUGUGCACCAGUUACAACCGAGGGCUCAUCUCAAAGGCAAAAAUCAAGGCCAUCAAGUACAGCAUUGUCAUCAUUCUCGCCUUCAUCUGCUGUUGGAGUCCAUACUUCCUCUUCGACAUGUUGGACAAUUUCAGUCUCCUUCCAGACACCGAAGAGCGCUUCUACGCCUCUGUGAUCAUUCAGAACCUGCCGGCUUUGAAUAGUGCCAUCAACCCACUUAUCUAUUGUGUCUUCAGCAGCUCCAUCUGUUUUCCCUAUGGGCAGCAAACAUCACGGGAUUCCAGAAUUACAUUCCGGGAGAGAACCGCGAGGCACGAGAUGCAGGUUCUAUCCAAGCCAGAAUUUAUCUAG